GUCAAUUCUCAUUCCGCAUGUUCGCUUCUCACUUCAUUACUGCUGCUACUGCUGUCAGCAGGCGAACCCCUACUGCCAUAUCUACCAUUGCCAGUCUUAGACCUAUCGUAUUUUCAAAUGUAUCUCCAGUCCUUGCCUUCUCCACCCAUGCUCCUUCAAGAAUGAAGCUCAUCGCCGAUUUCCGCAGCGAUACUUUAACCCAGCCAACAGAUGAAAUGUUUGAGAUUAUGAAGAAGGCCUCACGUAGUGACGACGUGUAUGAGGUGGAUAGUUCGAUUCGAUCUCUGGAAGAAUACGUUGCCAAACUGACAGGACAUGAAGCGGGUCUCUUUUGCGUCUCUGGAACAAUGACCAACCAACUGGCAUUCCGUUCUUCACUCCUCAUGCCCCCUGCAUCCAUUCUUUGCGACACUCGAUCACACGUCUACCGAUAUGAAGUAGGAGGCCUCGCAUCCCUCUCAAACCUGACAGUUUAUCCUGCACAAGCAUUAUCCAACAACGGUCAUCACUUGACAGUCCAUGAUCUACAACGUGAAUUCAUUCAGGAUGACGGAGACAUACACAUGGCUCCUACACGCCUUAUCUCUUUAGAAAACACAUUGGAUGGGACCAUCAUGCCAUUACAAGAAAUCCAGGCCAUCCGUCAGUUCGCAACAGAAAAUAAUGUCCGUUUACACCUGGAUGGAGCUAGAAUAUGGAAUGCAGCAGUAGCAUUGGGGUGUAAUCUCAAGGACCUUACUAUGCAAUUUGACAGUGUCUCUCUGUGUUUUUCUAAGGGUCUUGGUGCACCCAUUGGUAGCAUAUUGGUUGGUAAUCAGGCUCUAAUCAAUAAGGCACGCCACUUCCGAAAGAUGCUUGGUGGAGGUUGGAGGCAGGCCGGUGGUCUUGCGGCUGUGGCUCAUUGGUGUGUCGAUCACGUGUGGCCUACCAUGAAGGAGACUCACACGCUGGCAAAGCAGUUAGCAAUAGGUUUAGAGCGAGAAGGCCGCGGUGCUAAAGUGUUCAUCCCUGUAGAGACCAACAUGGUUUUCUUAGACCUUGCUGGAUCAGGCAUCCGGUUGAGUGAGUUGAGUAGGCAAUUAGAAUCAAGAAAGGGGAUCAACAUUGGCAACAAAGAUGCUCCUGAGACCCAAACACAAGUUCGACUGGUGUUGCAUUGGCAAAUAUCUAAGCAGGCUGUGGAUGAUUUUUUGGAGGUGGUUCGGGAUUUAGCCGCAAACGCUCAGAGGACAGGAACUUCUGAUUCCCUACAGGCUGACAGACAAUCAGUUUAUGGUAGUGGAGCUAGAACAGACAAUGUAGACUAAUUUAUGUAGACUAAAUUGUACAGAUAAACGAGAAUGCAUUUGCCCGCCAACGGUCAACAAGUUUGGGAUGUGACAAACUCUGUUCAACCGCUUGACCGGCAAGGGU